UGUGAUGGCGUCCAGUCGGGACUUGUCAUGUCCUUAAAGUCCAGCGUGUUGUCACGUAGCAGCUCAGACUUCUCAAUAUGAACAGUCCUCUUAUUCAUGCAUGUGUAUCUGCUUUCUACACAAAUAUGAAAAACACACAGUUUGUCUUGUACCAUACAACAACUUUCGAUUUUGUUAACUCUGAUUAAGUAUAGAAGAACAAAUGUGCCAAGAAAGACCUGCCGCUUGUGAGAAAAGCUUCCACAUUUCCUUUUCUUUUCUCCUCCAUUCUCUGUCCCACUGGCCUUCCUAUGGGAGGGACUACUGCGUGUGGCUCACCUACGGGGAAUACAAAUGAACUCUCCAAACAAACACAGGCUUGAAUGCGAUGAAAAGCUACUUUUAGCCUGUAUGUAAACGUUAUCUUUUGUCCCGCGUGUGGAAUAGCUGUGUGUGCUGCGUCGCGGCGGUAUUUCAACUUAAAGGCAGCUGGCACUUGCAACAACAGCGCAAUGGCCAGCCCAGAUGUGAUCGAAAGCUCGACGGCCCAAAACCUGGACACAAGGCGCUUUUCGCAUGACUUCAGCGCAAUGGGUCCAGAUGAGAUAGAUGGCCUCAUGUCCAGCAGUGACGGCCGUCCUUUCCAUGUGGUGCAUCAUCUUCCUGAAAUAAAAGAGGAGGGCAUACCAUACUUAAUGCCUGGUGUCCCGAUUACAUGCAGAGUGGACAACACAGAGAAAUACACUACUCGCUCAAAGGUCCGUGUAGGCACCCUGUACACAGUGCAGCUAACACAUGGCCUCUUCCACUGGUCAGUGAAGAGGAAGUACAAGCACUUCCAGGAGCUGCAUCGAGACCUCUACAAGCACAAGAUGAUGCUUCACUUGCUGCCUAUUGGGAGAUUUGCAAAGGAUAGGCAGCAGCUGAGAGCCAUGUCAGAGGAAAUGCCCAGCCUACACGGGACUGAACGGACCAGGAGGACCUCCAGCAAAAUGAAAUACCUUGAGGAGUACCUGAAUGGUCUUCUGGAGAACUCAUUUUGUAGGAAUGAUCACAGCAUGCUGGAAUUCCUCUCUGUCGGCGCUCUCUCCUUCGUCACUGAUCUCGGACCCAAAGGCUUAGAGGGACCCAUCUUCAAGAGGUCGGGGGGUCACCGGAUCCAAGGCCUGAACUGCAUUGGCCAUCAUCAGUUCUGUUUCCGCUGGUCGCGGCGCUGGCUGGUGGUUAAAGACUCCUUCCUGAUGUACAUGAAUCGAGACAACGGCCGCAUCAACUUUGUGCUGCUGUUUGACCCGGAGUUCAAAGUGAAAGUGGGCCGUGCUUACACAGACACUAAGUACGGUGUCUGCAUUGAGAACUUCACUCGGAGUCUGAUCAUCAAAUGCAGCAGCUACAGACAGGCUCAUUGGUGGAGUCAUGAAAUCAACCGGCUAGCAGAAACCUGCGACUAUCUCAAAGUGCAACGCUUCGAGGGGUUUGCUCCACCUCGGGAGAACACUCUCACUAAAUGGUAUGUGAAUGGAAGUGGCUACCUUGCUGACCUGGCAGAUGCUCUCGAACAAGCCAAGGAGGAAAUCUUCAUCACAGAUUGGUGGCUCAGCCCUGAAGUGUUCCUAAAGAGACCAGCAACUGAGAACUACUGGCGCCUGGACGAGAUACUCAAACGCAAAGCAGAACAAGGAGUCAAAGUGUGUGUUCUGCUGUACAAAGAGGUGGAGCUAGCACUUGGCAUCAACAGCGAGCACAGCAAGAGGACUCUUAUGAAUAUGCACCCAAACAUCAAGGUAAUGCGACAUCCUGACCAUGUGUCGUCUGUGGUGUUCCUGUGGGCUCACCAUGAAAAGAUGGUGGCCAUCGACCAAACGGUGGCCUUUGUGGGGGGGAUUGACCUGGCGUUUGGGAGGUGGGAUAACAGCCAGUACCAGCUAACUGACCUGGGUUUGACAGAGACGGCCAACAGUGUAACCGAUGGGGAGCUCAAAGGAGAUACAGGAGACAAUGUUGUGGCUGAUGGUCCAAAACCAUCUGAACCAAUUAGACAAGCAGAGCAGAAUCCUGAUGAUCUGACUGACAACACUAAACUGUGGCUUGGUAAAGACUACAGCAACUUUAUCAAGAAAGACUGGGUCCAACUGGACAGACCGUUUGAAGAUAACAUCGACCGUACUCAAGUUCCCCGCAUGCCGUGGCGUGAUCUGUCUGCAGCUGUUCAUGGCAGAGCUGCCAGGGAUGCGGCCCGCCACUUCAUCCAGCGCUGGAACUUCACCAAGAUUUUCAAAAACAAGUACAAGGAUGAGUUCUAUCCUUACCUUCUUCCCAAGUCUCACUGCAAUGCUGACUCACUCCCGUUCACUGUGCCCGGAUCCAGGAAGGCCAAAGUGCAGGUGUUGCGCUCUGCCGACCGUUGGUCUACUGGAACCUGUGAGAGCUCGAUCCUCAACGCCUACGUCCACACCAUCGAGAACAGCGAGCACUACAUCUACAUCGAGAACCAGUUCUUCAUCAGCUGUGCCGACGGGAAGACCAUCCAUAAUGGGAUCGGUGAUGCAAUCGUGAACCGAAUCUUGCGUGCACACAGAGAGCAGAAGAAGUACAGAGUGUUUGUGGUGGUUCCUUUGCUUCCUGGAUUCGAGGGAGACAUCAGUGCAGGAGGUGGAGUUGCCAUCCAAGCUAUUCUGCACUUCACUUACAGGACCAUGUGCCGAGGGGAGAACUCCAUCCUGACCAGACUUAGUGAAGUUGAGGACCUGUGGACGGAGUACAUCACCCUCUGCGGCCUGAGAACUCAUUCCCAGCUCUCCCAGUCGCUCGUCACAGAGCUCAUCUAUGUUCACAGCAAGACCCUCAUUGCUGAUGACCGCUGCUAUAUCAUUGGAUCAGCCAACAUCAACGACCGCAGCAUGCUGGGCAACAGAGACAGUGAGAUGGCGGUGUUUGUGGAAGAUGAAGAGCGGGUCCGUUCCAUGAUGGGAGGGCAGGAGUACCAGGCAGGACCGCUCACACUCGCUCUGCGUAAGAAGUGUUUCAGUGUUCUUGUUGGAGCUUCUUUAGACCCCAGUAUCAAUGUUGAUGAUCCAAUCAGCGAUGAAUUCUUCUUCUUGCGCUGGAAUGCAUCUGCUAAACUGAACGCCACCAUUUAUGACAAGGUCUUCAAAUGCCUGCCCGACAACAGUGUCCACAACAUGCGCGAGCUGAAGGAGUUCUCCAGCGAGCAGCGCCUCCGUGACACAGACCCCGAGCAGGCCAGAGAGGAGCUGAAGGCUGUCCGAGGGUUGCUGGUCCACUUCCUGAAGUUCCUGUGUGAGGAGAACCUGCUGCCCCCGCUGAACACUAAAGAAGGCAUGGCUCCUGUUGGGCUGUGGACAUAACCGUAGCUGAGCCCAGAUCAGACCACUACGUCACAGCUAAAGGGCUGCUGUAGUCACUAACGUUCAGCACAGUACACUAAAGUAGUUACAGCACUGACGCUUCAGUGGUGAGGAAACAACAUCACCUCAACACAAUACAUUUGCGCAUCAUUGAUGUUUUUUAUAUUGUCUUCAUGACUGACGAUGAACUAGUGUGAACAUAACCACUGAAAUGUAGAUUUUUAUCACGAUUUAUAGCAGUAGAUUAACCUGAACUGGCCAGUGUGUUCAUGAUGAUGAUAGUGUCUGCCUCAUAACUGAGCUGCAGGGCUGGCGGUGGCGUUAAACACACAUAAAUGAAUUUAUGAGUCAGGAGAGGAUUGCGAGGUUGUAUUGGAUAUUGAGCAUCUCACAUGAUCUGGGAACAUAGUGUACAUUUAUUGGUGCAAGGUUUUUGGGUGGGUGGGUGUCUCUGUCUCUUUCUCUCUUUCUAGCGCUCGCUCUCACUCUCUCCCUCUGAGGCUUCACCUCUCACUGCAGUGCCAGCAAAUCUGUCAGAACAUUUGUGGUUGUUAUGGUGACGGAUAUAAAGAGAUGACUGGAUUGUAGCUGAAAUAAAAAAACAAAAAACUGGAUAGGGCGGAAUAAGGGAGAGUACUGAUAAGAGGGAUAACUUACUAAAUCAGGAUGGUGUACCGGAAAAUAGAAGGUUGAAAGAGGACCAGUCAGUUCUGUGGAAGUCAUUUUAAUAUUUUUGGGUGAAUGAUCAGGUGGGAAAACACAUGAGAGGGAAAGAAAAGGAGGACAAGAUAAUUAAAGGGCGUUAGGUUGAUUUACCGCUGAUUGUUGCGUUUUUUUAAAGUCACCAUGACAACCAAAGUGAAUUAUUAUUUCACCAUGUUGUCAGCAGAACAGAACAAAACAUUUCACUUCAGCCAUUUCCAUGGGGGCUCCACGAGUCAUAAAAUCUCUUGCAUAUCUACCUUUUAAUCAUUUACAUGCACCAGGCGUUUAUUUAGACACAUUACAUUUACUGUAACUGAGUAGUGACAUAAUGUGGCUUUCAUUCAUGGUGCAAUUCCUAUGGAGAAUACUUUUAGUCUUAAAUCACAAAUAAUUUUAGGUUUCGUUUCAUAUGAAAUCACAUCAAUUAUUCUGUGGACACCUGCUAAUUCCCUUUACCGAGCCAUUAGGCUCUGAGUGAUUACUAUUGAGCAAGUCUUGCACUGGACAAACAAAUAUGUAGCAUCCAAAUUACAUUGAAUGAUUUUAUGUAACAAUUCAGCAGAACUUUCUACCUUCCUCAUGUAAAAAAGAAGGACUUUUAGGCAAUAACAAAAUGUGAUGCAUGUUUUCUUAGGUGCAAGACAUGGGUGACAGAAAAGCAGUUUGACCAAGAUGAUAGGAAAAUGAAGACGUUCUGUAACCUGAGAUUGAGCUUUUUCGGGGAAAAACCUGUGUUUGAAGGUGUCUCACAUGGCAUACAGACUUGCCAAAUUUAAUCAGUGCCUCUGCAAAGCACCUGCAUAAUAUUGAGGUUUUUGGAGUUUUUGGAGAACAACCAGCAGAGAGGCAGACAAUUGACAGUACUGUAUGUGAAGCUUCUGAAUGGGGCUUUAUGUUUUAUAUUCUAAGCCUUUCGGCAGUGUUCUCAUUGUACACUGUCCCAUGUAAUUUAAAGAGACCUGUAUGUUAAUGGAGACUUGGAGUGAUGGAUUGAUGUGCCUAACAUUACCAUAAUCAAGUUCAUGAUCCAAAAAAAGUGGAAAUUUGCUGAACCUAUAACAGAGCCAGUGAAAUUGCACAGACUUCUUCAUUAGCUUUUCGAGUCAACAACACUACCAAGGUGGUUUCAGUGAGAAUGUGUCUGUGAAUCUGAAAGAUGACCGGUGUCCCAAAUGACACUUGACGCCUUGCCUCUACAUGAAGCACCUUUCACAGAAGAGCUACAGUAGGAAAACCAUCUGUGUUUAGAAAUGGUGCAUUGCUCACACUUUCCUUCGUAAGAUAUUAAAAAGCCAAUAUGAGCCCUUGCACACUAGAAGCUGGGUAUUUGCUAGCCUCUCUUGCACAGCACAAAAUGGUUGCCUUGAGGGGUAUUCAGCAGAAAUGUCUGUGAUAUACUGAGAAGUGUCCUUAUAUUGUUUCUAUCAUGAAUUUUAUUUUUAUUGGACCAACAACCAGCAUUAGCAAUACAUUUUUUAUGAAUAUACUACUAAUAUAAACUUGUGAUUUUAAAUCAUCUCUAACAGUCACCAUGUGAAAACCUCUGUGUAUGCAAAUAUGUAGAUCUAGGUUAUUACCUUAGAAGUGCUGAUGUAUAGGUUACUAACACUCGGGGGUAGAGAGAUAAUGGAUAUUCACACUCAUCCCUUAAGCACAGUUAUGAAUAACUUGUACUUUAAGGUAUGUUACUUCUCUUGUUCCCUCAAUAAACUUGUUUUUAUGGAAAUUCAA